ACGGUUUUCCGGUUCCGCCGAGUUUGUUUGAUGGCGUCUGCAUCUCUUGCGGUUCGCAGUUUGGGCACGUGCUGCGCUGUGAUGUGCUUGUGAAUCGCGUGGAAUUUAACUCUCCGUGCAGUAUGUGUUCCAAAGUUUUCUGCGUCGGCAGGGUCCUUACCGGCGCUCUGAGGAGUGGUUUAACAUCUGACGUCCUAGCCGCCGGCCCUCCUGAGUGCGUGUUGCCGGCGCAGCGACUUCAAUUGAGCGGUCUGGUCACCACACACCAACGCCGAGUUUGCUCGCAAGUCGCGGCUAACCAGGCAGUACAACAGGAUGCCACCUUGCACGUCUCGGAAGGUCAGUCCGAGGCGACUGCAGGACAUGGCGGCGAACCGGACAAGCUCUACAAGAGAAUCGAGCUCGAAGUCCGAGGUCACGACACCGCAGUCCUCAAGAGCUACAAGUGGUACGCGCUGGAGGCCGCAAAGCUUCUGGACAUCAAAGUCUCGAGAACGUGGCAACCAAAAAGGGUUCAUGAGAGGUGGACUCUACUCAAGGCCCCAUUUGGCAAGAAGAAGCACAUGGUUCAGUACGAGAUGAGGACCCACUUUGAAGUCAUUGAGCUCAAGCACCUGACAGGCUCUACGGCCGACACGUACCUCGAAUACAUCCAGAGGAAUCUUCCUGAAGGGGUCGCCAUGAAGGUCACGAAGACCACACUGGAAAGGCUGCCAAGUUACAUCAAACCUCCGGUGCAUGAAACCAGUGAUGCCAGACCAACGUUACAAGAGGACACCUCGAAAUGAGAAAUUAGUUCUGUGCAGUAACGAACCGAAGGA